AUGUCUUCAACACUCACCCUAACAGGCUUCGAGGGCCGCCAAAUCACAAUUCCGACGGGACUAUUCAUCAACAACGAAUUCGUGCCCUCCUCUACUGGCCAAACAUUGCCCGUCGAGAACCCCUCAACCGGGGAACAACUCGGGACAAUCUCCGCCGCGGGGCCAGAGGAUAUCAACAAGGCCGUGCAAUCUGCAAAGACAGCCUUCAAGAUAUGGAGAGCGGUACCUGCAGCUACCAAAGCUGAGCUACUGCUCAAACUUGCAGAUUUGCUGCAGCGCGAUGCCCAGGAUUUAGCAUCGCUUGAGGCCGUCGACGCGGGCGUUCUGUAUACCGAUUCGAUCGGAAUUAACAUUCCCCAGGCUGUCGGUUGUCUCAAAUACUAUGCCGGCUGGGCGGGUAAGAUCGAUGGCAAAUCACUCGACAUGGACGGUGGCAUAGCCUAUACCCACUGUGAGCCAUUGGGUGUCUGCGGUGCGAUUGUCCCUUGGAAUGCGCCGCUGAUGAUCACAAUCUGGAAAUUAGCUCCUGCGCUAGUGAGUGGCAAUGUUCUGAUCAUCAAGUCCUCCGAGUUAUCCCCCCUCUACGCUCAAAGACUUGCCGAACUGGUGAAAGAAGCUGGCUUCCCUCCUGGCGUUGUGAAUAUCGUUACCGGCGAGGGCGCUAGCGCCGGCCAGGCUCUGUCCGAACACAUGGAUGUACGCAAGAUCGCAUUCACUGGUAGUGCUAUCGCAGGACGCAAAAUCCUGCAAGCUGCAUCCCGAACAAAUCUCAAGAAGGUCAGCCUGGAACUCGGCGGUAAAGGACCGUCUAUCGUCUUUGACGAUUGCGAUCUUGAGAACGCCCUGCUUUGGACUCGCAUCGGGAUCACAGCCAAUAAUGGACAAAUCUGUGCGGCUGGAUCGCGUAUCUAUGUCCAGGCUUCGAUCUAUGAUCGUUUCGUCGAAGCUUAUAAGAAGGCUGCUGCCGAUGCGCCGACUGUUGCUGGUAACCCGCUGGAUGGCUCCACUACCAAGGGACCGGUUGUUAGCCGUGUUCAGCACGAGAAGAUCCUUGAUUUCAUUCGCCAAGGAAAGGAAUCUGGUGCUCAACUUUUGUUCGGUGGUGAGCGGAUCGGUGAUAAGGGGUAUUUCGUUCAAAAUACUGCAUUUGCAGAUGUUGGUGAUGAUGCGACGAUCAUGCGGGAGGAGAUCUUUGGUCCUGUUGCGAGUAUUGCCAAGUUUACCACGGAAGAAGAGGUUAUCUUCAAAGCCAAUGAUUCCCACCACGGUCUCAGUGCUGCUAUUUUCACCAACGACGUUAACCGUGCCCAUCGCGUGAGCCAGGAGCUUGAGUCUGGCCAGGUGACUGUCAAUGCGUGGGCUAUGCUGAGUCCCAAUGUUCCAUUCGGUGGAGUCAAAGAGAGUGGAUUUGGACGAGACAUGGGUGAGGAGGCUCUUGAGGGCUGGACUACUGUUAAGGCUGUCAAAUAUCAUAUUUUCCCCCGGCUCUAG